UGUGUCUGUGGAGCGUGCCGAGGGAGACCAGCGACCACAUCAUCGUCCUCACCGCAGCAUCCAGAGACCAGUGGCCAGAGCCCUCACCACACCACUGACCACCAGAGACCCAGUGGCCAGAGACCUCACCACACCACUGACCAGCAGAGACCAGUGGCCAGAGACCUCACCACACCACUGACCAGCAGCCAGAGUGCCUGACCAGCCGACAUCACACGUCUCGCCCAUCCCCAUGGAGAUGUCUCGCCCACGGACCCUGGUACUGACCCUGCUGCUGGCUGGUCUCAGCAAUGCGGUGGAUCGUGGUGAGCUGCGUCUGUCGGGGGGCCAGCAGCCGACAGAGGGCCGAGUGGAGGUUUACUAUGACGGGGAGUGGGGCACGGUGUGUGACGAUGGCUGGGACCUGACCGACGCCAACGUGGUUUGCCGCAGCCUGGGCUACCUCAACGCCACAGAGGCCACCAUCGGAGGCGUGUUCGGGGCAGGUUCUGGCCCCAUCCUGAUGGACGAGGUGGCGUGUGCGGGCACCGAGACCUCGCUCACACUCUGCAAGAGUCGUGGCUGGAAGGUCCACGACUGCCAGCACUCGGAGGAUGCAGGGGCCCGCUGCGACCCCCGCAGAUGGGACCAUUUCUUCGGCUACAGACUGGACCUGACGGCGGAGCUGCGGGUGUCGCUGCAGGAGCUGUACGCUAGUCGCAGGGACUGCGACCUCAACAUCACCGUGAUCGCGCUGGAGACCGGCAGGGAGCAGAUGCGCUCUUGUGUCCACCGCCUGGUGCUGGCCCUGCACAACGACGGCAACACCAUCAGCCGCACCGACGGGCCCAACGUCAGCAUGCUCUUGUCACAGGACUGCGUGCAGUACGUGGAGGGCAUCAUCAGGUAUUUCUACACCAAGACCAUCGAUGUGACUCUCGCGUCGGUGAAGUGCAUCCACAACAUGGCAUCAGAUUACGGGGUGACCGCGGUGCGGGAUCAUUGUGACCGACUGUUCUACAAACUGUUGCCGCAGGACCCGUCCUUCCGCCACCAGCUGGAGUUGUACAAUUACGCGGAGGCGGUGGAGGACCCGCUGCUGAAGGAGGUUUGCCUGGAGUACUUGGCGUGGAACUGCCAGGCGUUCAUGCAGUCGCUGGCGUGGCCCGAGGUGACGGCAGAAGAAUUGGACACGUUGCUGCAGCGGUCGGACCUGGCGGUGCCGAGUGAGCUGUCGCUGUACAGGGCGCUGGAGCGGUGGCUGGAGACCCGCGGGCGAGGAGACGCCGCCGAGCUGCUGCUCAGCCGCAUCCGCUUCCCCAUGAUGUCGCCGGAGGAGCUGGUGUCGCUGCCGGCGGCGGUGGGGCAGCAGCUCCGGCCUCUGCUCACGCCUCGCCUGCUGGAGGCCUUUCAGUUCCACGCCGUGGCCCCGGAGCGCCUGAGACUCUACACCGACCUGUCCCAGCCACGUUUCCGCCCGCGUCUCUACACCUCGCCGGCGUGGAGCUGCCGCCUGGAGCUAGCGGUCGUUCCCCGGGCACAGCCCGCCGCGCCGGCCCGCAGACACCCCGCCUAUAGCCGCACCGGCCGCUACGGGGGCAGGUUCGCCUACCCGGGCCAGGACAGUCAGCGGGCCGGCCCGCCCAGGGACCCCGCCUCGCCCGGCCUUUACUUCUACACCAGCGGGCACCGGGGCGGCCGCCAGUCGUGGGCAGCGUAUUACCACGCCAGCCGCGCCCAGUGCCGGGCCGCCGGCCUCUUGUGUCCGUACGACACUUACCCGGUGGCCGUGCUGUCGGCCCGCGGGCCUGCCGCUAGACCUGGCCUUGUGCCCUGGCCCACACCCGGCCCCGACCUCCCGCCCGGCCCCAACCCCAACCCCAACCCCAAACCCAAGCCCAACCCCAAACCCAAACCCCCGCCCCGCUUCUCCCGCGGGCCCGCCGCCAGAUCUGGCCUCCCGGCCUCGCCAAUACCCAGCCCCGACCUCCCGCCCGGCCCCAACCCCCACCCCAACCCCAACCCCAAACCCAAACCCCCGUCCCGCUUCGCCCGGGGCCCCGCCGCCAGACCCGACGUCUCGCCCGGCUUCGCCCGCGGCCCCGCGCCAGGUCCUCCCGCCCCCGGUCCUCUUCCCCCCGCGACCAGCCCGCCUGGCACGGCCGCCUUGCCCUCCGGCCGGCCCGGCUUGUUCUACCACAACCGGCUGCUUCUGCACUGUGGGGCCAUCGUGGUCCACGCCCAGGAGAUGAAGAACUCGAGCGCCGUGUUACCUGCUCCUCCGCCCGGAUCCACACCCGCCUCGUUCCCCGGCCCCGACGCUUCCCGCCUGCACCGCUUCGCCUGUCACACCCGCAUCACCGCGCUCACUUUCGUCGUGCGACCUGUCUACCACCUGUCACACCUGGCCGCACCUGUCACACCUGGCCGCACCUGUCACACCUGGCCGCACCUGUCACACCUGGCCACACCUGUCACACCUGUCCGCACCUGUCACACCUGGCCGCACCUGUCACACCUGGCCACACCUGUCACACCUGUCCACACCUGUCACACCUGGCCACACCUGUCACACCUGGCCGCACCUGUCACACCUGGCCACACCUGUCACACCAUGCCGCACCCUAGUCCCACCUGGCUACACCUGUCACCCAGUACCUGGCCGCACCUGUCCACCUAUCUGGUGGCCGCACCGGCCACACCUGGCCGCAAUGCGGUCACACCACGUCUUAUCAACUGCACCUGUCCCAACUGGCCAUACCUGUCACAAUACUCUGGCCACACCUGGCCGCACCUGGCCACACCUGUCACACCUGUCCGCACCUUAUCACACCUGGCCGCACCUUGUCACACCUGGCCGCACCUGUCACUGUACUCCGCACCUGGCCACACCUGUCACACCUGGCCGCACCUGGCCGCAUCUGUUCACACCUGUCCGCACCUGUCACACCUGGCCACACCUGUCACAACCUGUCCGCACCUGGCCACACCUGUCACACUACCGCACCUCUCACACCUGUCCGCACCUGUUCACACCUGGCCGCACCUUGUCACACCUGGCCGCACCUGGCCACAUCCUGUCCCAGAUCCGCACCUGGCAAUCGUGUCACAACCAUCCGCACCUAUCACACAAAACCACUCACGUUGUCACAUCCUGGCCACUGCUAAUCUUGCCCUGUCCGCACCUGUCCACACCUUGCCGUACCUGUCACACCUGUCCGCACCCAGCACCUGGCCGCACCCCUCACACCUGUCCGCACCUGUCACACCUGGCCUGCACCUGCCACACCUGUCCACCAUCACCCUGGCUGCUUCCUUGUCCACCUGGCCACACCUGUCACAUCCAUUCAGGCCACUCCUGUCCACAUCCCAUGGCCACACCUGUCACACACCUGUCUGCAGUUGUCACACCUGUCCGCACCUGUCCGCACCUGUCCACACACAUGGCCGCACCACCUGGCCGCACCUGUCACACAUGGGCCACACCUGUCACACCUGUCACACCUGGCCGCACCUGUCACACCUGUCCACAACCGUCACUGUCACACCUGGCCGCACCUGUCACACCUGUCACACCUGGCCACAUCCCCACACUUGUCACACCUGGCCCGCGGUGUCACACCUGUCGCCUCCACACCUGUCACACUUUCCCAGGCCGCACCUGUCACCCGCGCCGCACCUUUACAACAGCACUGUGGCUCUGUUAAAUUCCCGUGAGAACCAUUCCUCCGCCCACCGAGCUCUGAUCCAGAUCCUCCACCAGUCACAACCAUCUUCGUUAUCUCCCCAGCCCGCGCCUCAUCCACUGACCCGCUCCCGCAGGCGACGGACGGACGGACGGACGGACGAUGGAGAGAGUUUGCUGGCGGCGCUCUGCCUGUCUCUGCUCACCGCCCUCCCCACCACAGCGGUGGAUCGUGGUGAGCUGCGUCUGUCGGGGGGCCAGCAGCCGACUGAGGGCCGAGUGGAGGUUUACUAUGACGGGGAGUGGGGCACGGUAUGUGACGAUGGCUGGGACCUGACCGACGCCAACGUGGUUUGCCGCAGCCUGGGCUACCUCAACGCCACAGAGGCCACCAUCGGAGGCGUGUUCGGGGCAGGUUCUGGCCCCAUCCUGAUGGACGAGGUGGCGUGUGCGGGCACCGAGACCUCGCUCACACUCUGCAAGAGUCGUGGCUGGAAGGUCCACGACUGCCAGCACUCGGAGGAUGCAGGGGCCCGCUGCGACCCCCGCCUGGCCGGAGCGCUGCCCAGCUACCGGCUGGAGCAGACGGCGGAGCUGCGGCAGUCUCUGGGGCAACUGUACCUGAGCCAGAAGCGCUGCCAGGUGCGGAUCCUGGUGCAGACGGCGAGACGCGGCCCCGUCAAGCUGCAUCUGUGCGCCCACCGCCUGGUGCUCGGCCUCAGCGCCGACGGCAACCUCAUCAGCGGCAACCGGAGCAGCGGCGUCCACAUCACCGUCCGCCCCGAGUGCCUGCCCCAUGUCGAGGACUUCAUCAGGUAUUUCUACACCAAGACCAUCGAUGUGACUCUCGCGUCGGUGAAGUGCAUCCACAACAUGGCAUCAGAUUACGGGGUGACCGCGGUGCGGGAUCAUUGUGACCGACUGUUCUACAAACUGUUGCCGCAGGACCCGUCCUUCCGCCACCAACUGGAGCUGUACAACUACGCGGAGGCGGUGAAGGACCCUCUGCUGAAGGAGGUUUGCCUGGAGUAUUUGGCGUGGAACUGCCAGGCAUUUAUCCGCUCGCCGUCGUGGCUGGAGUUUAGCGGCGAGCAGCUGAACGCGUUGCUGCUCAGGUCGGACAUUGUCAUCUGGAACGAGGUGACUCUGUUCCGCGCCGUCGAGUCGUGGAUCGUCAACAACAAGAAGACGGAACUCACCCACGAGCUGAUGGACAAGAUCCGCUUCCAAAUGAUCUCGGCCGAGGACCUGUCCAAGAUCCAGCUGCAGUCUUCACUCUACGAAGAACACGACAGUUUCUUCCUCAAGAGGUUCCUCAAAGCCUUCGAGUUCCACUCUGUGUCGGUGGCCCAGCUGAGUGUGGAGCGGCACGGCUCGGAGCUCAGCCUGGAGCCCAGGAUCUACACAUCUCCGGCCUGGAGCGCGGCCCUUCACGUCGACACGGGCGCUGAGGCCCACAGCUCAGCAGCCACCUACUACAACGGCUACCAGUAUGUACACCAGCUCAGCUUCACCCAGCCCUCCUCGCCCACCAUCUCCUUCCAGACCAACAGGUAUACCAGCUCCUUCUACGAUUCCGACAACGUCUUCUGGACGGCCUUCUACCACCUGAGUGCGCAGAGCUGUAAGAGCAGCAACGUGCCUUGCCCCUUCACCGUCUACCCCAUCGCCACUCUCACCAGCAAUGGCCACAACAAGGAGAACCACGUGCGCUACCACAACAAGGUCCUGCUACUCUGCAGCAACAACUACGUCUCAUACGUACACGACGUGAAGGAGAACAGCGCUAUCCUCCCCUCCUUCAAAGGCCAGGGUCUAUUCUUCUUCGGCUGUGAAUCUGGCCUUUUCUCCACUCUCAGAUUCGUGGUCAGACCUGUGUACAAGUGA